AUGGACAAGUUAACUACAGUCAAGACUGUCGGCUAUGGUGGAGGAGGAGCUGGAGCAGGGAGCAAAGGUGAUCUUUUAGUGAGUUCGGCUGGAUCAGGUGGAAGAGCUACGUCAGGAGGCUCCAGUGUCACAAGCAGCUCAUAUGUGGUAACAUCCAGCCGCUCCGGUGGAUCAGGAGCAAGCAACGGGACCGGAGGCAUCAGCAUCACUACUGUAGGAUCCUCCUCUGCUGAGGGCUCUGCAGCCUCUGUGGGCUCUGGGGAAGGGUUCAGGUUCAGUGUUUCUGGAGGGGGGUCCUCUGGCAUGUCCUCUGGUUUUAUUGUUGAUGGCAGAGAUGGAAAAAGGGAGGGGAGUCAAGGUGCUGUAUCUACAGUGACAAAAACCAGCUACAGUUCAGGUGGAUAUGGUGAAGCAAAGAGAGGGUCUUCCUCUGCAAUCCCGUCUCCAAAAGAGAAGAGGAGCAAGAGCAGCAUGGCAGCAGCUCUCCCAGAUGUGUUUGAUGAAAGUUCAAGCACAAGCUCUUCUCCAGAGUACACCAGGAAAGACUACGGCACAUCAAAUGCAACUUCAAGUUCUGCCACCAGGGGGAGAACUCAGAGCAGAGAGAGUGAGAUCAGAGCCAGACUCCAGAGUGCUUCUCCCCCAGCACGUUGGACGGAGCUGGAUGAUGUGAAGCGUCUGCUGAGAGGAAACUCCACCAGCACCAGCCCCACUCAGUCCCCCAACAACACGCUGCCCAUCCCGACGAAGGCCAGUGUGGAGGCCCGGAGCAUGUCUGAGAGCUCCAGCACAGGUUCAGACAUUCAGCACAUCCCCUAUGGCAGCAAUUGGCCUGGAGGUGUGAGCAGUAGCUACAGUUACACAAACACAAACAACAACAACCUGUCCACUACCUCCACUCUUUACCAGUCAGGACUUCAGAACAAUAUGACCCUCAGCUCUCCCUUUGUGAGCAGUGGCCUCUCUGCCAGCAGCGCAGUGUACGGUGUUCAGAAUAAUCUGACCAGUACCAGCCCCACUCUUCUGUCUCCAGCAGGAGGAAACUCUCAAACAGUUUAUGGUGUGCACAAAAAUCUAACCGGCCUUGGAGUAAGCCCAAACACUGUGAGAUCCAGAAGUCCCUCUGCUGACGACGCCCCAGGAAAAGACUUUGUGCUGUUAGAGAAGGAGAACAUUCCCAUCAAGAUGGAGUCACAGAGGCUGGUCGCGACCAAAGUCACGGCGAAGCAGUUCACGUCUGCUCCUACAUCUGCUAGUACUUUGGUGACCUACCCUGACGACUCACUGAAGAGAGAGAAACAGAAGCUAUCAGCCAGCACAGCAGUAGAAGGAGCUGACACUAAAUCUUCAGGCGCGAGGGUUGCCACAAAAGACAAAGCCACAUAUGCAGAGUUCCGAAAAGAUGAAUCAGGUUUUGGCUUCUGCUCCUGGUGCAGCUGGUGGAAGUGGCUGCUAGGCCUCCUGCUCAGCCUGCUCCUCCUCCUCGGACUCCUCUUUGGACUUAUCGCUUUAGGUGAAGAGGUGAAACGCCUAAAGAACCGCGUCGAUGCCUUGGAAGCCAUCACUGGCACCGCCCCAGUUAAGUCCAGUCGCUUGUCGGCUUCCUCUGGCCUCAAUAUCAUCGACCCACUGGAUUCAGCAUAUGUCGACAGGAGUGUCUCCGCGACCCGCUCUGAUAACAACAUCAACCUGGGGGCUGCUGGGCCGGGAGGAGGAGGAGGAGACGCAGCGAGACAGGACAGCACUGCACUGCAGAGAACUGUGCAGCAGCUGGUCAAGGCUGAGCUCCUAUCGGAUGCUGUACGAGAAACACUUAAAGGAGAGAGAGGAGCGCCAGGGACCAAAGGUGACCCAGGGGCACUAGGACAAAAAGGGGAUGGCGGUUUCUCUGGUCUGCCAGGUCAUCAAGGGCAGAUGGGUCACCCAGGAGUGGAAGGGCCCAGGGGACCUAAGGGAAGUGCAGGUGAAUCAGGUCCCGAGGGACCAUUAGGACCGAGGGGCCGUGAGGGACAGAUGGGCCCCCGCGGAGAGACGGGCCCAUCUGGUUUUGGAAUGAAAGGAGACCAAGGUGAGCCAGGACGCCCUGGUCCUGCUGGUGCUGCUGGUGCUGCUGGACCUGUGGGGCCAAAGGGUGACACGGGAGAACACAGGGCCUCUGUGUCUACAGGUGAACCUGGACCAAAGGGUUACCAGGGUGAAGCAGGAGCGCCAGGAGCAAAGGCUGACAGAGGAAGUCCGGGGACGCCAGGAACCAAAGGAGAGCAGGGAGAGCGGGGAUCACGUGGAUCAGCAGGUGAACCAGGACCACCUGGACCACAAGGUUCUGUUGGACCAAAGGGGACUAAUGGGAUCACAGGUGAGGCAGGUUCAACAGGACUUCCUGGAGUCAGAGGACCAGCUGGACCUCCUGGAGAUAAUGGACCCCAAGGCACCCCUGGGAUUCAAGGACCCCGAGGUAUAUCUGGAAGCCCAGGGCAACCUGGUGCUCAAGGUUCACCCGGUUCAUCUGGUAAAGUCAUCACUCAAACUGGCUCUGACACUAUGGCCAUCCCCGGACCUCCAGGGCCAGCUGGGCCUGCAGGCCCUGCUGGAUCCCCUGGUCUGUCUGGUCCCAUUGGCCCUGCUGGUGUCCCAGGACAAACUGGUUCUAAGGGUACACAAGGGGAGGCAGGAGAAAGGGGACCGAAGGGAGAGCAAGGAAAACCUGGCGAGCCAGGCAUCAGCGUCACAAAAUCAGAAACUGUCAGUGCCACCCGUACUGGACCUUCCUCAGUGGCAGGUUUGCCUGGUCCACCAGGACCCCCAGGUCCUCCUGGACCGUCUGGUCCUCAUGGUCCUGAAGGUGAGAGUAAACAAGGUCCUCCAGGACGGAAAGGUCCUCCAGGACAGCCAGGUGAGGGCUAUCCUGGACCCCCAGGACAGAGAGGAGAACCUGGCAGCUUUGUGCCUACUUCAGAGACUUUCUUUGCUGGACCACCAGGACCCCCUGGUGCAAAGGGCCCAGCAGGCGAGAGAGGACCACAAGGUUACGAAGGUCAACCAGGUCAACCAGGUCUACCAGGGGAAGCAGCUGUUGGUUUCCCAGGUCCGCCUGGACCUAGGGGGCCUCAGGGACAACAAGGACAUACAGGUAAACCUGGUGAUGCAGGUGUCCCUGGACCCCCAGGGUUAUCUAGUGGUGGUUCAUUCAGUCCUGGACCAGCUGAUGUGGGCCAGCUCGUCGCAGAGUACCUUCAGAAUGGUGCCAUCAGGGAGUAUCUGGCUGGACCUCCUGGACCUCCUGGGCCUCCUGGGUCUCCUGGUGCUCCGGGAUCCCAAGGGAACACAGGGGACGGGCUGGUGGAUGAUGUUACCAAUCGAGUCUUAGCCUACAUCCAGAGUUCAGGUAGAGGAUAUGAUGGGUCUGUUGGACCACCUGGACCUCCCGGGCCUGCUGGACCUCCAGGAGGCCCAGGGACCACAGAGGCCACAGGGCUGGUGGACGAUGUGGCCAACCGAGUCCUCGCCUACAUCCAGGGUUCAGGGUAUGAUCGGACUCCAGGCCCUCCUGGUCCUCCAGGUCCACCUGGCGCCAUCUCUAUUAAUGACAUCAUCAAUGUUUUACAACGGGAGGAUGUGAGGAGAUAUGUUGCUGGUCCAGCUGGUCCACCAGGACCACCUGGUGGUGAGAUAUUGAACAUCCAGGAGGUGGCUGAACAAGUGCUCAGUCGCAUGAAUGAGAGGGGAUUGGGAGGUGUCCCUGGACCACCUGGGCCACCUGGACCUCCUGGGCCUCCUGUACACGUGUUAUCAACUGGGUAUCAAUCAAAUGUGGGCCCUCAAGGGCCUCCUGGUCCUCAAGGUGUCCCUGGUCUACAAGGACCACCUGGACAAGCAGGACCACCUGGCCCACCAGGAUUUGGCAACUACAUAAGCUCAGACAUUCGUGACUACAUGCAAAGUGUUGCCUUCAAAGGCUCCCCAGGCCCCCCUGGUCCCCCUGGACCUGAGGGUCCCCCUGGUCCAAUGCGAGGACUGGUCUCAUAUGCUGAGCACACUGACAGAGAUUCAAUCACAACAGAAAAACAAGAACGUUUCAAGAGUCAAGCGGUGAGAGGAGCCAUGUUUGGGCAUCCUGGUCGGCCAGGCCCUCCUGGACCCACAGGACACAAGGGAGAGCCAGGUGUGCCUGGCACUGGAGCCUGGAGCCUCGAUACUGCUGACUACUCCAGUAUGGCUGUCCGAGUAACUGAUUACAUCAAAUCCCACGGUCUGCUCAGUGAUGUUCGGAGAGGCCCUGACCAAGUUGUCCAAGGACUUCCAGGACCUCCUGGACCCCCAGGAAUACCUGGACUAAACCAGUGGGUCAGCUCCCGAGAAAAUGUAGCGGGUCUGGUGGAAUAUCUCAAAUCUCAUGGUGUGCUGCAAGAUAUUCUGAGCACAUACAACAGUCGCACCUUCCAAGGACCUCCAGGACCGGCCGGGCCCCCAGGUCCACCAGGAUACAGCAGAUUUUCUGGUACAUAUGGAAAUGCCACAGAACUGCUGGAAUAUAUCAAAUCGCAUGGCCUGCCCGGUAACAUUGAGCGCACUCACAAUGAACGUGUCAUCCAUGGUCGACCUGGAACACCUGGGCUUCCAGGUCCACCGGGCUCCAGCCGCUUGUUUGGUUCUGAUACAAACGUCUCUGAUUUGGUGGAAUACAUCAAAGCUCAUGGAGCCAUUGUAGGAAAUCCCGGGAGACCAGGACCGAAAGGGGAGAUGGGAUUCCCCGGCAUUAAAGGAGACUCAGGUGAACAUGGUCCUCCUGGGCAUCAGGGACCCAAAGGACUUAAGGGUGACAGAGGAGAUUUCUCACUGAUGACCAAAAGACGGAAGAGGAGCGUUGGCAUCUGAGAGCAGCGUCUCUGAAC